UUCGUUGGCCCAGUUUGUUGUCGUGUUGUCGCCGCGACAGGUCGUCGUUUAUUUUGCGUCGUCUUCCUCGGAAUCGUUGUCUAAAAUUGUAUUUCCCCCAGUGUCGCAUCUAUAAGAUAUAUAUCUAUAUAGAUUUAGUAAAUAUUUUGUUGUUGUUAUUUAUAGUUUCAACUCGGUUGGCGUGGACUCGGUUGUAUUUAUAAUUAUUUUGAUUUUUUUUUGAUUGUUUAGUGGCUGUUUAUUUUGUUUUUUUGAUUAAAAAAUGGCAGCUAAAGAUCGUCUGCCCAUAUUUCCCUCACGGGGAGCUCAGACAUUGAUGAAAUCCCGUCUGGCUGGUGCCACAAAGGGACAUGGCCUCCUCAAGAAAAAGGCCGAUGCUCUACAAAUGCGUUUUCGUUUAAUUUUGGGCAAAAUAAUUGAAACCAAAACCCUGAUGGGUCAGGUCAUGAAGGAGGCUGCCUUCUCCCUUGCCGAGGUCAAGUUCACCACCGGCGACAUCAAUCAGAUUGUCCUGCAGAAUGUGACCAAAGCCCAGAUUAAGAUAAGGACCAAAAAGGAUAACGUGGCUGGGGUUACGUUGCCGGUCUUCGAACCCUAUACAGAUGGUGUGGACACCUACGAGCUGGCCGGCCUGGCCCGUGGCGGUCAGCAACUGGCCAAGUUGAAAAAGAACUACCAGAGUGCCGUGAGGCUUCUGGUCGAGCUGGCCUCGCUCCAGACCUCCUUUGUGACCCUGGACGACGUGAUCAAGGUCACCAAUCGGAGAGUCAAUGCCAUAGAGCAUGUCAUCAUACCAAGGAUAAAUCGGACCAUUGAAUACAUCAUCAGUGAGCUGGAUGAACUGGAACGGGAGGAGUUCUACAGGCUGAAGAAGAUCCAGGACAAGAAACGAGAGGCCCGGAAGCUCGCCGACAAGAAACGCGAGGAACAAAGACGUCUGGGACAGAUCACGGAAACCAAGGAAGUGCAGAACAUCCUGGACGAGGACGGUGAUGAGGAUCUGCUCUUUUAGACAUACCCAUAAACCAAUACAUUAUCCAACACUGCUACCUCUGACCUUUGACCUUUGUAUUACACCCCACUACUCUUCCAUCCACUGUCGUUGUUGUAUUUGUCGUUUCGGUUUCAAUUUGUGAUCCGGAUGUUGGAAAUAGAAUCCAUAACCUUUA